AUGGCUGCGCUGCCCCCUCCUCUGCCCCCACCCCGCCUCCCCGGCCGACCCUCCUCCCGCCGCUCACUCCGCGCCGCCAGCACCGAGCGUGCGGCUCGGGAGCGGCCCGGCUCCGCGCCCGGCGCUGCGCUCCGCCGGCUCCGCGCUGGGAGCCAGCAGGUCUCCGGGAAGCGCGGAGGGUGGGGUGGGAUGCCGGAAUGCCCGGACCGCGGGGCCAAGGCGGCCCCCAUCCAUCAUAAAAUCUCCUUCUCCAUCUUAGACAUCCUGGAUCCCCAGAAAUUCAGCAGAAGACGCGAACCGGCCUCGGGGAGCUGGGGCAGCGCCCCCCGCUCGGGCGAGCGGGAGAAAAGUUUGGGAAGAGUUGAAGUAGGAAAGGACGCUGCUGCUCCCGGCAGCGGGAGGAAUAAACUAGAAGCACAUGAUGCGCACGCCCCGGCGGAGAGCGGCGCCGAGGACGCGGGGCAGGAGCGCGACGAGGAGGACCCGAGCGGGGCCGGGGCCGGGACCGGGAGCCCGCCCGGGCCGGAGGAGCCGGGCUCGCCGCGGAGCGCCCGGCGGCGGCGGGCAGAGCCGGGCUGCGGGAAGCCUCGGCGGGCGCGCACCGCCUUCACCUACGAGCAGCUGGUGGCCCUGGAGAACAAGUUCCGAGCCACGCGGUACCUGUCGGUCUGCGAGCGCCUCAGCCUGGCGCUGUCCCUCAGCCUCACCGAGACGCAGGUGAAGAUCUGGUUCCAGAACCGCCGCACCAAGUGGAAGAAGCAGCACCCGGGCGCCGACGGGGCGGCCCCCGCGGCAUCCCCCGCGGCGGCUGCGGGCGGCGGCAGCCCCAGCCCGCCGGGCCCCGCCGCUCUGCCCUUCCAGACUUUCCCUUCCUACGCCGCCGCCAACGUGCUGGUGCCGCCGGCCGCCCCCUUCCCGCUGGGCGCCGGCCCCUUCGCACCCUUCCUGGGCCCCGCGUACCUCGGCCCCUUCUACGCCCCGCACCUGUGAGGCGGCUGGGCCGGGGCAGCCCCGGGAGCCAGAAGCGCACCUCAGCCCUUCUGACCCAGCGGGGAGCACCGUCAUCACUUCUGCUGGCUGCGUGGCCAUUUGAAGUGUAAGAAAGUUGAUUUCUCCUAGGCGUCACGGCAGCAUGCUUAACUUCGGCACACAGAGGAAAAACCCCACUGUAACCACUGGAUUUUAUUAGCACCUUUGAGAUGUAAUUAUAGGUGUUGGAGAUGGGAAAAGUAACCUUCUUUACACAUGCCUGACACUAAUUCCCUGCAGAUUCUUUUCCAAGUUCAUUGUUAAGAUGCUCCUCGCUGCUGUUCGGCUUGCCAGCACACGUCUGAAGCCUCGAGGGCUCGGGAGCUGCGGCACUCGUUAGCACUGCUGUGAUCCUGGUGCUGAUGGGGGUGCAGCGGCCGGGCCGAAUCCCAGGGAUGCUCUCCGGUGAAGGCGUCCCCAGGCUCUGGCUGUGCUCGUGGGACUCUGCUGAGCCCUGUUAGAGCCACGUUUCGUUAUCGUGUCUGAAAGCUGCCAGUCACAUCCUUGACACCCUACACGGAGGAGAGCCUUGUUUGGGAAGGUGCAGGAAAAUGCAGCUCCGUGUCAUCGGGAGAAGAGAAGGGAAUCGACCUGGUCAGUGGGAAAGUGUUCAACUCCUGCUCAUGUCCACGGCCUCUCUGCCUUUCUCUGCAGUUCAUUCUCAGCGACUUCACAGGUUUUGGAUAAGAAAUCUGAAGAUAAUUCUUUUCGCAGAGAACAGUUGUUCUUGUAAUAACACAGCAUUAGUGUCAAAUGAUGCAGAAAAGAAAACAUAAAUCAGAGAAAACUAUUACAUUAUUCAUUUCUUUAAAAAUGGGGCAUUUGUGGUAGAAAGUAAGUAAAACACAGAAUUUCCAGCAUGCUGAGACCUAUUUUGCAUAACAGAGAAAUACAUGCUUUUUCUGGUUUUGCUUUUUGGAGCAUUUGUUAGAAGGAAAAUCACAUUUCGUCUUCGUCGUUACAAGGACUGGAAUGAAAAGGAAUUUUAGCUGGGGGCUCAUCUGUCCCUGAACGGAUGGGAAGUAAUUGGUUUAAAAAAAUCUGUCUCAUGCAGUUUUACAGAUUAUUACAACACAGUA